AUGACCAACCUAUAUCCUUCACCUCCGACAAGACCUGCGCCUGUGCCUGCUCCCCAUGCGAAUCCAGUACGGAGUCAAGAUGCUUUCAGCACAUCUUCACCACCCCACACACCUCGAAACCCACACAGGCGACUCGUGCGAUCCCAAACUGGUUACCAAGUGUCUACUCGCACUUCGAAGCGGGAGACGUUUCUGGACGAUGUCACACCCGUGGAGGGAGUGAGGGGGAACGAUGGUGGAGAUGAGAAGGACCCUCACGACUUGGCCUUCUCGCCAAAACAUGUGACCCGUGCGUCGGUGGUAGAUAACAUGCUUAUCGCUUUGGAUCAGUUUUCCAAUCCGACUCCGAGUUCCAUUUCCACGCGAGAACCGCCCAACGCAAGCCUGCGCUACAACUCAGUCAUCAGACGCCGACGAGGCAACACGUUUUCUUCUGAUGUUUCGUCGGACAACGAGUCCAGAAUGGACGAGGGCGACGCUCUGCAGUCCUUUCAGCGCAAUCAGAGAAGCGGUAGCAAUUCGACUUUUCACUUUCCCCGCACUCUACAACCAGUCCCCAGCUUGUGCGAGGAAGAGGAGUCCGCCACUCGAGCUCGUGUCUUCGAUCCUCAGAAAGCCUUCGCACCCUCACGAAAACACUACCGAAGGAAGAGUGGGAAGAGCAGCGGAUCGUCCAGUAUCGAUCUUGGCCAGCCCCUAUCUUCGAGCAAGUUAGGACGGGCUGGCAAUCGUCGAUCUCAGAGUUUCGAUUUUGGUUCGUACAGGCGAAGUGUUCUGAUUCUCGACAACGGCACCAAUGGGAGUAGCGCCUCGCACAAUCUGGCAAACGAAAUGGAAGCAGCACCUACACCCAUUGUUCAUGCGGGUCCUUCGCGGGGCCAGUCGCCUACGCAGCAUAUUACAACAGCUCCUCUGCAUCCAGUCUAUGAUCCAGCCCUGGCAGGCGGAAGGAACAUGGCAAAGCCGUGCAAGAAUCCAUACACCCGAAAAGGCAGGGCCGGAACAAUGGGAGCUGCGAGUAGCAAAGGCAGGGACGAAUUGCGGGACCUACAUGGUCACGUUGAGAACCUACCAUCCAUGCCAACCUACCUUGCCCCACUUCCUCAAAGUCCCACCUUUGCGUUCCACAAGCCAUCAAUAGGAUCAUCCGCAGAACUGCCAUUGCAGCCGAAGGAUAGACCUGGGUUCUUCAGGCGGGUUUUCGGCUCGAAGAAUGCAAGUGCGACCCCAUUUCAGGUUGUUGGGUCUGAAGAUGGUGUCUUUCGGGAACCCAUGACGGUUUCACCUACCGAGGAGGUCUUUCGUGCCAGUGCUUCAUCGUCCAAGUCGCACAAGCAGUCACCAAAGGACGCAAAUUCGACGACGAGCCCUCUGCCCAAAGGACAACAAAUGGUUACCAAGAAAUCAUCUGCUUUUUUCCGUCGCCGAAAGAAGUCUGCCGCUGGCCAGAUGCCCACGCCUCUACCCCUUUCAUUACAAACGACCACGGUCGAAGCCGCUGAGCCAAGUCCAGUCAGCAGUCUACGUCAAGUCAUGAACCCUUACUUGGGCGGUCAACCUCUGCCGUCUCCUAAGUUCGAAUCGAGAAAGGAGUCACCUCAGGGCUUCCAUACUGCCCGCACGAGCUUUUCCCAUCACAACAAUGCUUCUCCCAAUACUGAGGAGAAGGCGCCAGUUGACUGGAACCGAUCUGAGCAGGUAACAUCGCAAUCUGUGCGUCCUGAGUCUGCAGUCAACCAGGAUUUGAAGUUCCGUCAACAGGAUCACCAGGACAGCACUUUCCUUGCAGACAGUAGUGGGACGGAGGACUCCCAUACUAGGUCGAGUCAACGUACUCCGAGCGAAUCGUCCGAUGGAAGAUCUCGUACGAGUCCGCUCAUUAAAUCCCAAAGCCAAGGUUCUGAAGGAUUGCUACCCGUUAGGUUUCCUUUCACCUCAGCCAACGGGUCAGCGGUUACGACACCAUCGUCUGAAAUUGGGACUCCGCAUUCGCCCUCCUCACAAACCCCUCCGAAUUUUACAGGGGCCAACUUUGUGGUGCCAUCAACGACCACAAGACCCUCAACUCUCAGACUUCAACCGGAGACGCUAAGCAGCGUACGACGAGGCAGCUCGUCGAAGGACCACGGCGCUAGUCCUGUUACCAAUUCUCCUCUGCCAUCUGACUCCGAGCCUAGCCUUUACAAGUCCGCUCCCAGUACACCUCUUGCCUCCUUCUUUGAGAAUGCUGCUGCCGCUGAUGCUUCUCCUACCGUCAAUAUCACUGGCUCUCCAGAGAACAUACAAGCUCCACCACUUUCUGAAGACGAUGAGGAGCAAGCUCUCAAGAUCUUCGAAAACCGUGACGAAAAACUUGAUCCUGGCGAAGUCUCAGCUUGGCUGGGAGAUGCAGACGAUGGCAGGGAGCGUAUACGGAUGGCUUACAUGAACCUUUUCGAUUGGACGAAUGUUGAUAUACUCUCUGCCCUCCGAGGGUUGUGUGCCCGCAUCGCACUGAAGGGGGAGACACAACAGGUUGAUCGCAUGUUGGAUGCCUUCUCGAAGCGGUGGUGUGAUUGCAACCGCAACCACGCUUUCAAGUCUUCUGAUGUCGUCCACACCAUCUGUUAUUCUAUCCUGCUCCUGAACACCGACUUGCACGUGGCAGACAUCGGUCAGAAAAUGACGCGAACUCAGUUCAUACGCAACACAUUGCCGACGAUCCGACGCACUGCUUCUGACAGCAAAGUAGAUGGCGCUGCUACACUCAGAGCCGGCACUUGGCCUAAGCCCGAUCCUUCUGCAAGUACGGGUCAUUCACCUUUACCAAGAACAUCCACCUUACCAGUUGAGUCACGGGCUGGCAGAAGGUCGGUUGAUGAGGCCAUUCCUGUCAUCGGCUCCGGUCGUUCUACCGAGAAGCUGAUGAGAGAAAGCUCGGGCGACGCUGAUAGUGCUCCCAACGACCCUGGUCCACUUGUGACAACACCAUUCGUGGGAUCGAUCAGAGCUUGGGAGUCACAAAUCGAAAGCGUACUGAAAAGAAUCUACACGUCAAUUUCUCGGGAACGAUUGCCUUUGUUCGGUGCCAAAGCGGAGACGCUUGAUAUACCCAGCCACUUGCUCAGCAUUACUGGUAACAUGCUGCGCCGAACUCCCAGCACUUUGAGUAAGGCCGCAUCAGACCAUUCCAGGGGACGAGGAGGUGAACACCGAGUGGGUACUGGACGAUGGGCGUCUAAGCCUCGGGGUCGACCGCAUUUGAAUCGAGUUUCGACAGUUGGGUCCACACGGACAAGCUUGGACGAGGGCUCCUCGACCUGGAGUCCAUCAAUGUCCAGCACGUGGAGCAAAGCAUCUUUUGGUAAGACGUGGACUUCCAUGUCAGUCGGUUCAUUCAACUCGGAAGGUCUACAUGGCGGCUUCCAGAAAUCUGUCGGAUUCGCCAAUGCUCUGAGCCAGGCCAUCAUCCGUGAGGGCUCAAUCGGGAAUAUCAAUGACCACGAGGAAGGCAUGAAGGCUGCACCUCUACUCGACGACGAAUCCCUAGAGCUACGUGGUGCACCGUGGGCCAAGGAGGGAAGCGUUAAACACAAACACCAUUUGGACGGCGUUGAAAAACGCGCAAAAAGCCGCAAUUGGAACGACUGUUUUGCCGUCGUUGAAAAAGGAUGGAUGCGUCUCUUCUCCUUCUCAGUGAAUGCCAAGUCGUUGCGAGUGAAGGCGAAGGAUAAGGCUAAAGCUGGAGGGAUUGUUGGUGGUGGGAACUGGAUGGAUAGCGCAGAAGAAGUGGCGAAAUUUCUUUUGCGGCAGAGUAUCGCAAGUGCUUUGCCCGAACCUGGCUACUCGAAAGUUCGACCACAUGUCUGGGCUUUGAGUCUACCCACCGGAGCUGUACAUCUGUUCCAAGUUGGCACACCGGAUAUCGUCAAAGAAUUCGUGUCUACUGCGAAUUACUGGAGUGCCAGAUUGUCCAAAGAGCCCAUGAUGGGAGGUAUCAGCAACAUGGAGUAUGGCUGGAGUGAUGCCGUCGUCAAUCGCGCUCUGAUCAACAGCGAACCCUGCGCUAGCAUACCGGUGAGUGGUUCAAGACCAAGCAUGCAAUCAUCUAUUCGAAGCUCGUUCGACCCAGUGGGUGGAACAACACGACCCAAGCUACCAGGUGACAAGGUCACUAUCAAUGAAUGGUGUCCGCCACAGCAGAGUAUGAUGGCUUCACAGCUGAUGGAAGUCGAUCAACUUCGAACUCUUCAAACAUAUGUCAAGAACGUCGAAGAGGAAUUGGCCAAGCACAACGAACUGCGUCCAGCCAUGCUGCUUGCAUUCUCCCCGCGGCAUCCGAACAACAACAAGGCGAUGGCGAAUUGGGAGAAGAAAUCAAGCUAUCUGCUGCGGGAGAUUGUCAAGUUUAAGACCUACGUGGACUCGUUGGUGCUCGCGCAGAAAGAGAAGGAGGGAGUUUCGAAGGUGAAGGUGAAGGCAAAGGAUAAGAAUUGA